AUGACGGUAUUUCAGUUGGACCGCAUGAAUAUCGCCAGUGCCUUGACCGGCGGCUUUGGCAAGGAUAUACACAUCGACCAGAGUACAGUCAAUCUAGGAAACCAGUUGAUGUUCUUGGGUAUCAUUGUGCUAGAGAUUCCUUCUAAUCUUAUCCUCCAGAAAAUCGGGCCCGAUAAAUGGAUCCCCGCGCAGGUCCUCGCAUUUGGAACCAUCGCAACCUUUCAGGUCUUCCUGCGCAAUCGAACAGGCUUCCUAGUCGUACGGAGUCUGCUCGGACUCGCGGAAGCAGGAUACAUCCCGGCCUCAUUAUACACUUUAUCGAUAUGGUACGAGCAAACCGAACUCGCGAAACGAGUCGGCAUCUUUUUCUUCGGGAUGUUUGGUGGAAACGCUAUCUCGCCUCUUUUAGGGGCGGGGAUUUUGAAAUUGGAUGGGAAACAUGGUCUGAAAGGUUGGCAGUGGAUAUUUCUUAUUGAGGGUAUCUUCACCAUAACAACAGCAAUUAUAAUCCUGCUACUCCUUCCCCAAAGCCCCUCAAACCCUAGACCUUAUCUUCUAAAGCGGGGUGUGAAAUCCUUCUCCCCGGAAGAUAGAGACAUUCUACUCACUCGAACUUCUCGAAGAGAAGGAGAAAGUGAAAGCGAAAUAGAAAGCGAAUCCCCCUCCAAAACCCACCACUCCUCCCCAGCAUACAAAUCCAACAUCAAAAAAGCCCUCCUCAACUACCGGCGCUGGCCCCAUUUCCUCCUAGCCCCCUGCGUCUUCUCAACCUGGAGUCCACUAACCACCUACACCCCGACAAUCAUGAUGUACGUACACCCCCUCGAACCCCCAACAAACACACAAUCUAGGAGCCCCCUAAUAGAGAGAGAGAGAAAAAGGACCCUAGGCUUCACCCGCCUCCAAUCCAACGCCCUCACCGCAAUCGGCGCCACCCUAGCCCUACCCCUCGUCUUCCUCUUCUCCUACAUCAGCGACCGCACCACCAAACGCGGCCUAACAGUCAUCGCCGCCGUAACGUGCUAUCUAAUCGUGUUAAUCGUGUGUCGGUGUCUUCUGCCCAGGGUAGAGGGGAAAUGGGGAAAGUUCGGUAUCUGGACUGUGAUUAAUGCCUUUGCGGUUUGCUAUCAUCCCGUGCAUAAUACGUGGUUGCAGCUUAAUUGUCGGUGUAGUGGGGAGAGGAGUAUUGCUAUUGCGGGUCAUGGCUUCGAAUGCGGGUUUGAUGGGUGGAUCGCAGAUUUUUCAGGGGAGGGAUUCGCCUUUGUAUCUGACUGGGCUUGUCGUUAUGAUUGCCUUGGUGGCUGGGGCGUUGGUGUUGGCGAUUGGGCAGGAGGUUAUUUAUCUCAGAUUGAAUUCUAG